AUGCAAAUUGAGACGGCAUUUGGAUGUUUUAAGAGAGAAAAUGGUGGGCGCGGAAAACUGGAGGGAGCGCCAACAGGCAAAUGGUCACGGGGCAGUUUUUUGUUUUUGCUUCUAGAAGCUCUAGAAAUAUUUUUCCCUCCACAACACCAAGGAGCCCCUCUUCCUCUUCCAGUGCCGCCGCAGGUAUCUUCAAGACAGGGCGUAGAGAAGCUCUGUGAUUUGGGAAGAGUGGGAAAGCUCGGGCAUGGUAGCGGAGGCAUUGUGUACAAGGUUCUCCACUCCAAAUCCUCCACUUGCUAUGCCCUAAAUGUUGCCCGGCAAGUACUGGAGGGAUUGAAACGCCUUCAUACAGAGCGGAUUGUUCACAGAGACAUUAAGCCCGCCAAUCUCUUGAUUAGGAAGAAUUCCCAGCGAAUUAAAAUUGCAGACUUUGGGGUUAGGAGGAUUCUAUCACACAACAUAGAUCCCUGCUGCAAUUCUUAUGUGGGAACAUGUGCUUACAUGAGCCCCGAGAGAUUCGAUCCACAGAGCUAUGGUGGAAGAUAUAAUGGGUAUGCAGGGGAUAUCUGGAGUUUGGGAUUGACACUGUUGGAAUGCUAUGUUGGUCAUUUCCCAUUUGUAGCAGCCGGAGAGCAGGCGGAUUGGCCCGCACGGAUAUUUUUCAGGUUCACCAACAUUGAUCAGUUUCCCAGUUCCGCACCACGUGACCACGGGGCUCCCGAUAAGCCCCCCGGUUCCAUGUUCGACUCUGCUGAAUCUCUAGCUGACGGUCAUAUUGGGCGCGGUCAUCUGCCUUGGAAAGAACGGCAUAGGCACUGUGUAUCUGCACAAACAUUUCGGUGGAGAUGUUCUUGCCUUGAGAAGAAGCUGCGGCGUCUGGGUGAAAUUGCCGCGCCAUUUUUCUGUAAGCCCUCUUUAUGUCCUGUGCGGUAGCCCCGCGGCUUAGCCCCAGCACUUCGUAUAAAGUCCCUGAAUUUUUCAUGUGACCGCCGGCUUCGAUUGCAGGAGCCGAUUGAUACUCGGCCCCGCAAACCUGCGCUGCCCUAAUUACAUUGAAAGAGGGCUUCAAUCUGAUAUUUGCA